CUCUUACGAACGCGGUACGGAACGUCAUUCGCUGGCACUUGUCAGAUAGAGAAACCUUUUUUCUGCCUACGCAUACAAAGAUGGUGCUGCUGGACAAUUCUACGUUUAUUAUCCGAUUAGAAAAGUUCGCAAAUGCUGCGAGAAAGGAUUCGUCUUUUACAGUGACGUUCAAAAGAUACAAUGGCCACGAUAGACCCAAACCACGCGAAGGACGACCAGCACUUCCCGAACCAGAAACAUACUUGUGCCUUAUGCGGGCACAGACGAAAUCAAAAAAGAUAUCCACAAUCGUGCGUCAGGAAGAUGUUCCGAAAAUGAUGAACAUGUAUGCUCAGUUCAUGAAAAGCAACAUGGAUGGUCUGAAACGUGUCAAGAAAGUGAAGAGUAAAGCGAAGGCGGCAAAGGGAUAAACAGGCGCACCUCUUUUGUAUAGGAAAUAUUUAGCUUUUUAAGAAACCUUCUUGUUUAUUUAUAAAUAAACUGGUAAAGUAAAAUAUUGCAUUAAAGUAAUUUCGGCUAAAAGUUUCCAAUCAGUCAAUAAUGAAAUCGAGCCGAA